AUUUCGUUUUUACACUGUUUUGUAAAUUUGUUUUACAAUUAUUGUUUAAUAUUAUAAAAAUAAAGUGCGUAACAAUCAGGAACCAUGACGGAUAUAAAAAGAUUAGUCGCGGCCAGAGGGCAAGCAAAAGGCUCACGAUCAGAUCAACGCUCGAUUUCGGGAGAAGGAGGUGGAAAAUUCCAACGCCUUCCGCGCAUAAAUAUACGUCAAUUUGACGGAAAUAAUAUCGAAAAUAGAGCUGUAGCACUUGAGACUGCUACGGGCCCCAAAGAGGAGCCACGUAAGAACUCAAUGGCUGUGUGCGCUCAGGCAGUGUCUACAGUAAAGAAGCAGUCACCUUCAGUAAAAUGCAUUGGAGCACCAGGCAUCCCCGCUAAAGGAAAAUGGACCUUACCUACUCAAGACAAAGUUUGGUGAUGUGAUAGCCAGUUCGUUGCCUCCAAUGUACGUAUCCCUACCCAGCAUUGACCACUCCAUAUCUGUUCAAAACCAAGUAAGUGAGAAUAUUCAUUUGUCAACACCUAAUGUGGAGGAUUCACAGGAAAAUACUGUUGUACCUAUUUCAAGCCAAGAGUCAUCUUUUGAGGAAUUAAAUAAUAACAUUAAUAAAUUUUGGCAAGCUGAAAAAGUUCCUGAGGUCUACUCUGAGCAAUCGUCAGAGCAGGAACUAGCAGAAAGUAUUUUCCAACAAACUGUCACUUUACAAAACAAUAAAUUCACAGUAGCACUUCCUUUAAAGCAGCCUAUAACUAAAGUAUAUCUUGGAGAUUCUUUUUCAAUUGCUCUACAAAGAUUCUAUAAUCUUGAGCGAAGAUUAUUAAAAAAUGAUAAGCUUUAUCAGAUGUAUAAAGAUUUUAUUAAUGAAUACCUAGCGUUAGGUCAUGCUGAGCACUAUGAUGUCUCAAAUUAUAAUUUAGAAAAGGAUGCUUGUUACUUUUUGCCACAUCAUCCAGUAUUCAAUGCUAAUAGUCCAACAACAAAAAUGAGAACUGUAUUUGAUGGCAGUCUCAAGACUAAAAGCAUGAUUUCAUUAAAUGAUGUCCUUUUAAAUGGACCAAUAGUUCAGAAUGAACUUUUUGAUAUACUAAUCUUAUUCAGAUUGCCAAAGUAUAUUUUACUUUGUGAUAUAAAACAAAUGUUUAGACAAAUUCUUGUGAGUCCUCCAUAUAGGGCUUUACAAAACAUUUUGUGGCGUCAAUCUAUAGAAGAACCUGUGUCUUGUUUACAAUUAAAAACCGUGACAUACGGACUUAAAAGUUCUUCGUACUUAGCAACCAGGUGUUUGCUCGAGUUAGCCGAACGUUAUAAAGACACACACAAUUUAGCCGCCACUGUUUUGAAAACGCAAACUUAUGUCGAUGAUAUUCUCACUGGGCACAAUGAUUUAAGUGUACUUAAAAUUAUAAAAGAACAGCUAGUGGAGUUGUUAAGGCUGGGGGGUUUCGAGCUGCACAAAUGGGGCUCUAAUCAUACCUAUUUGUUGAACCACCUCACAACCAAUCAAGACCCAAUCACGGACAUUGACAUGAGUAAAGAUAAUUCUUUUCUUAAAACAUUAGGUUUGCGUUACAAUGCCAAAUCAGAUAAUUUUUACAUUCAUUGUUCUGAAAGUAAUAUUCAAAAGGAAUACACCAAAAGGCAAGUUUUGUCAUUUAUUAGUAAAAUUUUCGAUCCUCUGGGGUUAGUGGGACCUAUUAUAGUGUCUGCAAAACUUUUAAUGCAAGAUAUUUAUGCGCUGAAGGUGUCAUGGGAUGACAUCCUCCCCGAGGAUAUAAAUGCAAAAUGGUUAAUGUUUGCUAAAGAUUUAAUUGAAAUGUCAGACAUACAAACAAAGAGACACAUUGAUGUAGAAAAUGCGAAACAGGUUGAAUUGGUUGGAUUCGCUGACGCCUCUAAUAAGGCUUACGGUUGCUGUUUGUACAUCAGAAGUAUCAAGGCUGAUGGUACUGUAAAUAUACAUUUAUUAUGUUCAAAGUCGCGAGCAAAUUCAACCAAUAACGACCUUUCUACACCACGAAAAGAAUUGAAUAGUGCUCUCUUAUUAUCUAUGUUAACUAAAAGGGCAUAUGAAACAUUGAAAACACAAUGUGAUAAUUUAAAAGUUUAUUUGUAUCUCGAUUCACAGAUCGUGCUGGCGUGGCUGAGCAUGGAACCAGUCAGACUGCUGUCAUAUGUCGCAAACAGAGUCAUUAAAAUCAAAGAGCUGACUUCAGGAUGGCCUUGGUUCUAUGUGAAGACCACUGACAACCCCGCGGAUUGUCUCUCUCGAGGAGUGGAGCCUCAUGCAUUGCAGAACAAUGAGCUUUGGUGGCACGGGCCUCAAUUUCUAAAUAACAACUCAUUUUCUCAUGGAAAUGCAAAGCAUGAGCCUUUAUCACCGCACGAACUGCCUGAAAUUAACAAAAAAUGUUGCAUUAUUGUAAACUGUAAUGAUGCUUGUCAUGUUGUAACUAACAAUGAUAAUGCCUUUAAUAUGGACCUACUU